CGACCUAUUCUAUUUCCGAGAUCCAGGAGAAUUUAUAUUUUAUACCAUUCUUGUAUAUAUAUAUAUACGUAUAUAUAUAUAAUAUAUAAUAUAAAUAUAUAUACGCUAAAAUUUUCCACAAGUUGGCACUUUACGCUUUUUACUCAGAUCAUGAUCGAGAUACACGGAACACCAUUUGAGACAGCAUCACUGCUCCAAUUUAUUUCUCAUCAGGGCUACUGGUUGCUUUUCCACGAGAUUAACGGCGCUUUUCAUAAUCUUUGUGAAUUCUCCUUUAUUCACGAGGCUGCGUUCAGCCGUUAUGGCGCAACACCCAUGAUUGUUCUGCAUCGUAAUAUUCUAUGA